UAUUCCUACUACUAUAUAUACAUUAGUACAUUACCACCACCCUUAAUUAUGAUAAGCUUACUAUAUAUACAGAGAUGGAAACAGUGUAAGAAUGUAAGUUGAUGGAAAAGCAUCAGCUGCAGUUAAUCUGGAGCAGGGUGCAUUUACCAGAGCUUUAGCAGAAUAUAUAGUGGCAUUUGGCAGGUUGUUUCCGUCACCAUUUAUUGCAUUCCUCCUUUAUAUAUGCUCGAGGAUUAGUUGAUCCAAACCAGGAUUUAGCUGGAAUAUGGAUUCGGGAAUUGAUUCUGCAAAGGGGAUACCAGAUCCCAUGGAAAUCACAAUGGUUGAAUCUCGACCCAACGGUUCCCCUCAUCCCCAAAAGCGUCGUCUCAACAAGUUCGCUUUUCUUUGCGCCGUUUUCGCUUCCACCAAUUCUAUUCUCUUGGGUUAUGAUCUUGGGGUUAUGAGUGGUGCAGUUCUGUUCAUUAAAGAAACGUUCAAGAUUUCAUCGGUGCAGCAUGAAUUGUUGGUGAGCUUAUUGAACGUGUCGUCGUUGUUUGGGUCACUGGCGUCGGGGAAAACUUCCGAUUUGAUUGGCCGGCGAUACACCAUAGUAUUGGCGGCGGCGACUUUCAUAAUAGGUGCACUCCUGAUGGGGCUUGCGCCGACCUACGGCUAUCUACUGGCCGGAAGAGUGGUCGCCGGGAUCGGAGUGGGGUAUUCCCUCAUGAUUGCUCCGGUGUACACUAGCGAGCUGUCGCCGGCGAUGACCCGCGGAUUUCUGUCUUCUUUGCCGGAAGUGUUCAUCAACGUUGGGAUAUUAAUCGGUUUCAUUUCCAACAUUUUGUUGUCCGGGCUGCCGGCGAACAUUAGCUGGCGCCUCAUGCUCGGCCUCUCCGGCGUCCCGGCGAUCGGCAUUGCCGCCGGCGUGAUCAAGAUGCCGGAGUCGCCCCGCUGGCUCGUCAUGAAAGGGAGGCUCAGCGAAGCCAAGAUGAUUUUACGGAGGACAUCGGAAAGUGAAGAAGAAGCCGAUUUACGGUUAGAGGAAAUAACAAAAGCCGCCGCAUUUUCCGGCGAGUGGCGCGGGCAAGGCGCGUGGAAAGAGCUGCUCUGCCCGACGGCGCCGAUCCGGCGAAUGUUAGUUACGGCGAUCGGAAUAAAUUUUUUCAUGCAAGCCUCCGGGAACGACGCGGUGGUUUACUACACGCCGUUGGUGUUCAAAUCCGCCGGAAUAGCUCACCGGAAAGCCCAAAUCGGAGUGACAAUCAUCAUGGGGAUGGCUAAAACCACUUUUGUUUUGGUCUCAGCACUUUUCCUGGACAAUUUCGGGCGACGGCCCAUGUUACUAUUGGGCACAGUGGGCCAGGCCCUAUCCCUGGCUGGGCUCGGGCUGGGCUCAACAUAUCUCCUCCACGCCCAUCACAAGCCCAUUUGGGCCAUCGGGUUGUGUGUCCUCGCGGUCUGCGCCGACGUCUCGUUCUUCUCAAUUGGGCUCGGGCCGAUCACGUGGGUCUACUCAGCUGAAAUUUUCCCGCUCAGACUCAGGGCCCAAGGCUCGGCCCUAGCAGUUUCGGUGAAUAGGUUGGUGAGUGGGGUUGUCUCGGCCACGUUUCUUAGUAUUUCCAAAAAAAUAACGUUUGGAGGAAUGUUUUUUGUGCUUUCUGGGGUUAUGGUGGUGGCUACACUGUUCUUUUACUUGCUAUUGCCAGAGACCAAAGGAAUGAGCCUAGAGGAAAUAGGGUCACUGUUUGAGGACAAACAAUCCGAUGGUGAAAAGGAUAAAGAGAUUGAAUUGGAGAGAUAGGGCAUGGGGCAAUUUAUUGUAUGGUUUUAUUAGUUAUAUAUAGUGUGCUAAUCCAUAAUAUUUAGGAGUUUGAUGUGAUUAUUUAGUAGAAUUAAGAAUAUUUGUGUGUUUCACUACGUAAUUUAUGAAGUUAUUUAUUCUAGCUCGGGAAGUGAUGAUCUGGAAACUGCCAAAAAGGUCCCCUUCAUGCAUUACUACAUAAAUUUCUAUUUGUUUUUGUAAUGAUCAUGAGAUAUCACCAUUAUCAUC